AAUCAGAAUCAGAAGCAGAAUAAGCCCCACGCUUCGGCUUCCUCUGCUCCGAGGUUGCAGAUUUCGGCCGAUAACGAGAGCCGCCUCCGCCGCCUCCUUCUCAAUUCGGCACCUGCGUCUGCUCCACCGCCUCCCCCCGCCGUUGACGAUGCCACGUCAUCCCUAACGAGGGCUCAGAAGGCCAAGAAGCUUAAAUCUCUUUAUGAGAAGCUCUCUUGCGAAGGUUUCACUAAUCGCCACGUUGAGCUUGCUCUCUCCGCUCUCAAGGAAGCUGCUACUUUUGAAUCAGCUCUUGAUUGGUUAUGCUUGAAUUUGCCCGGCAACGAACUUCCACUCAAAUUUUCUACUGGAACUUCCACUCAUUCCACUCAAGUCUUGUUAGGGGGAUCGGUUGGAGUUAUAUUUAAUCCACGGGAUGGUUCGGCUCCUGCGGAAAAUGCAUCUGAUACGACUGAGGAGGAACAGGCGCCGGAAUUUUCUGUUUUAAUAGAGAGACAUUGGAAUGAUGGUAGUUUAGAUUCUGUACAAGCAUCUCAAGCAGAUUGGAUAAAGAAAUAUGUUGAGCAACAGGAAGAGGAAGAGGAAAAGGAUGAAUCUAAGACUUGGGAAGAUGACAUUUGUUAUGGGGGUAGUGGCAGUGCCAAAAAGGAGUCCUGCGAACCUAGGCCAUAUGAUGUUAUUUCCAAGGAGUAUCUUGCUGCAAGGUUAGAAGCUACAGAUGCCAAGGAGAACAAGGACAAAAAACGUCAGGAGCAGGCAGGCAAUGUGAUCCGGAAACUGAAGCAAGAGUUGUCUGCUCUAGGAUUAUCGGAUGAUGAUUUGGCCUUACAGUAUGAGCAACAAAUCAGUUCUAACUAUGAGAGAGCUUCAUCUGGCCUGUCUGGCCAUGAGCCCAACACAGGUGACACAGCAGGUUAUUCAGAAACUAAUUUGCCCUCUGGUGGAGCUGUAAUUGAUGGAAGUGAUGUAGGGCAUCGUAGCAUGGAGGAAAAUAUUGAUAAGUCUUCCUCACUGGUUGUACACAUUGAAGAAAAUUCUGUUGAAGGAGAGGCAGAAGAGGUGGAACUUGGUGGUUUCUUCUCCGAGGAUGUAUCAUCUAAUGAAAUAUUACCUCCUGAUGUUUUGAGACUGCAGAAAGAAGAAAAAUUUAAAAGACUUUUGGAAAGCAAGAAUUUAGAAAAUUUAGAUGGCAUCUGGAAGAAGGGGGAUCCUAAAAAGAUCCCAAAGGCAGUUCUUCAUCAACUAUGUCAGAAAUCAGGCUGGGAAGCUCCAAAGUUCAAUAAAAUUCUUGGCAGGGGAAAAAAUUUUGCCUACACUGUGACUGUAUUGCGUAAAGCUAGUGGGAGGGGCAAGAACCGAAAAGCUGGGGGACUGGUCACACUUCAGCUUCCAGAUCAGAAUGAAAUCUUUGAAUCUGCAGAGGAUGCACAGAAUAAGGUGGCAGCUUAUGCUUUGUUACAAAUGUUUCCUGACGUCCCAGUUCAUCUCCCAAUUACAGAGCCUUAUGGUUCGCUUGUUAUGAAGUGGAUGGAAGGAGAAUCAUUUGCCAAGCUAGAAGACAGUGAGGAAGAUCAUAGAACUAGUUUUGUGGAUUCAUUAUUAAAUGGUGAUGGUUCUGGUGCAAUUCCAUCUGUUGAAGUUGCAGAUCAUAAGUCUCAACAAACAGAUAAUUUGGAUAGACUCGGUGAAAAUAAAACUUCGGCAAUUGCCAGUCAUCAGCCACCUACUCAGAGAGAUACAUAUAGCAAGGAAAAUGAGAGUAAUUAUUUGAGACAGGUUCAAAUUAAUAAAAUGAAAACACGUAGAUACCAGGAUAUGUUGAAAAUGCGAGCUACACUUCCUAUUGCUGCAAUAAAAGCUGAUAUAUUGAAACUGUUGAACAAAAAUGAUGUUCUUGUUGUUUGUGGAGAAACAGGCUCUGGAAAGACAACUCAGGUUCCACAAUUUUUAUUGGACGACAUGAUCGAGUCAGGACAUGGUGGACAUUGUAAUAUUAUAUGCACACAACCAAGGAGAAUAGCGGCAAUUUCAGUAGCCGAAAGGGUAGCCGAUGAGCGGUGUGAACCUUCACCAGGCUCAGAGGGUUCCUUGGUUGGUUAUCAAGUUCGACUCGACAGUGCCAGGAAUGAGAGAACUAGGCUUCUGUUCUGUACAACAGGCAUCCUUCUCAGAAAAUUGAUGGGAGACCAAAGUUUGACUGGCAUCACUCAUAUCAUAGUUGAUGAAGUUCACGAGAGGUCUCUAUUGGGUGAUUUUCUCCUAAUUGUUUUGAAGAAUCUAAUUGAGAAGCAGUCCACUGAAAGAUCAACAAAACUCAAAGUCAUUCUAAUGUCUGCUACUGUUGAUUCAAGUUUAUUCUCAAAAUACUUUGGACAUUGUCCUGUAGUUACUGCAGAAGGAAGAACUCAUCCAGUGACAACAUAUUUUCUUGAGGAUAUAUAUGAUCAGAUCGAUUAUCGACUUCCUUCGGAUUCUCCAGUUUCUUUAACAUCAACAUUUCGCAAGGAGCAGAAGUUGCAGAAAGGUCUUGUGACAAAUAGCAAGGGGAAGAAGAAUCUAAUGUUAUCGGGGUGGGGUGAUGAAUCUCUGCUUUCCGAAGAGAACACUAAUCCAUAUUUUGUUCCAAGUUAUUAUCAGUCAUACAGUGAACAAGCUAAACAAAAUCUAAAAAGAUUGAAUGAAGAUGUCAUUGAUUACGAUCUUCUAGAAGAUCUAAUAUGUUUCAUUGAUGAAAAUUGCAAUGAGGGUGCCAUCCUUGUAUUCCUACCGGGAGUCUCUGAAAUAAACCUUUUACAUGAUAAGUUGGUUGCCUCUUACCGCUUUGGUCGACCCUCUUCUGAAUGGGUUAUUCCGUUGCAUUCUUCGGUUGCAUCAACUGAGCAGAAACGGGUGUUUUUGCGCCCUCCAGGAAAUACACGUAAGGUUGUUAUAGCCACAAAUAUAGCAGAGACCAGCAUAACAAUAGAUGACGUGAUAUAUGUAAUUGACUGUGGAAAGCAUAAGGAAAACCGAUAUAACCCACAGAAGAAAUUGUCUAGCAUGGUUGAAGAUUGGAUAUCUCAAGCAAAUGCAAGGCAGCGCCGGGGCAGAGCUGGACGUGUAAAACCUGGAACUUGCUUUUGCUUGUACACUCGUCACAGGUUUGAAAGACUCAUGCGUCCUUAUCAGGUUCCAGAGAUGCUUCGGAUGCCAUUAGUUGAACUGUGUUUGCAGAUUAAGUUACUGUCUCUUGGUCAUAUUGAGCCAUUUUUGUCCAAGGCUUUAGAACCUCCAAAGGUUGAAGCAAUGAGUUCAGCAAUAUCCUUACUAUAUGAGGUUGGUGCUCUUGAAGGUGAUGAGCAGCUGACACCGCUUGGACAUCAUUUGGCAAAACUUCCUGUUGAUGUCUUAAUUGGAAAGAUGAUGCUGUAUGGUGCAAUAUUUGGUUGCUUGUCACCUAUUCUUUCAAUCUCUGCAUUUCUAAGCUACAAGUCUCCAUUUGUAUAUCCAAAGGAUGAGAGGCAAAAUGUUGAAAGAGCAAAAUUAUCAUUGUUGAAUCACAAGGUAGAUGGGCCAGGUGAUACCAAUAAUGUUGAUCAGCAAUCUGAUCACUUACUAAUGAUGUUAGCUUAUAAAAGAUGGGAAAGGAUUUUGACUGAGAAAGGAGCUAAAGCUGCACAACAAUUCUGCAAUUCCUUCUUUCUGAGCAGUUCUGUAAUGUAUAUGAUAAGGGAUAUGAGAAUGCAGUUUGGAACAUUGCUAGCAGACAUUGGUUUCAUCACUCUUCCUAAAGACGAUAAGUUGGAUCGAAAAAAGCUAGGAAGUCUUGACAGUUGGCUUUCUGAUGCAUCACAACCAUUCAAUGCACAUGCACAUCAUUUGUCAGUUGUCAAGGCUAUACUAUGCGCUGGUUUGUAUCCCAAUGUGGCAGCUAGUGAACACAGUAUUGUUGGAGCAGUUCUUAGCACCUUCAACCAGUCUUCUAACACCGCGAAUAGUGGUCGUACAGUCUGGUUUGACGGAAGAAGAGAAGUUCAUAUCCAUCCUUCUUCUAUCAAUAGUAACACUAAAUCCUUUCAAUACCCCUUUCUCAUCUUCCUUGAAAAGGUUGAAACAAACAGAGUAUUUUUACGCGAUACUUCUGUCGUUUCUCCAUACUCCAUUUUGCUGUUUGGGGGGUCAAUUAAUGUUCAGCAUCAGACUGGACUUGUAACAAUUGAUGGAUGGUUGAAACUGAGUGCACCUGCACAAAUAGCUGUGUUAUUCAAGGAGCUAAGACAAACUCUACAUACCUUUCUGAAGGAGCUGAUUCGAAAACCGGAGGAGGCGCUCAUGCUCAAUAAUGAACUCAUCAAGUCCAUCGUCACUUUGCUGUUAGAAGAAGGAAGCUCUAAAUGAUUGAUCAAUCCACUUCAAAAAGCCGCCAUAGCGGCACUGGCAGAAUUUUCAAGAAAUCGGUAUAGCACCAGAGAAAUUCCUAUAUACACCAUGAACUAUCAAUAUCAACUCCUCACCAACAAAGUGAUGGUUUUAGCAUCUGAAGUUCAAGAUUCCUCUCAACUAUUUAUAUGAGGGAACAAAUCUGCAUCAUGCAACAGAUUAGCCACUUGUUUCUUUUAAAUUUGAUUAGUCUAGAACAUAAUGUAUUUGGUGUCUCCACAAGUAAAAAGAAAAAUAUCUCCCACAUUAAGUUCAUACAUCUUUUUCCGUAGGAAAAGUGAAGCUAGAUUACUUGAUUCAUUAAACAGAACCCAAAAAUAAAACUGAAAAAAAAGGGUUGAUUCUCGAAGCGUCAAAUUCAAACA